AUGCCCAUUUUGAGUUAUGAGGAUAAUGUGAUUUUUAGUGUGGUUUUGGAGAGGUGUGUUGGGUCUUUGGUUGGUGAAAUGGUGGUGGAAGAUGUGGAGAGUGGUGGUGAGGCUUCGAAGAGGGAGUUUAGGAGGCGUUUGAGGUUUAAAAGAAUGUCCAAUUUGGUUCAAACGGAGGUACGUAUUGUCCCCAACACGGGUUUUGGCUUGGAUUAUGUGGAAAUUGGAGAAGUAGAGUUUAGGCUGGAUAAUAGUAUUUUAGUGCACCCUUACUUGGUUCCUAUGUUGGCAAGUCGUCAGUUGAUUGCUUUUUAUAUUAAGGGAUGGAUUCGAAGUAGGUUUAGGCUGAAAGCUUUGUGUUUAGGAGUUGGAGGUGGAGCUUUGCUUGGAUUUUUAAAAGCCAAACUGGGAUUUCAGGUUGUGGGUGUGGAGGACAAGGAAGUUUUAAGAGUUGCUACGAAGUAUUAUGGACUGGAAGAUGGUGGUGAGCAUAUCAAUGUUUGCGUUGGAGAUGCAAUAAAAGUUAUUGAGAAACUUGCUGGUCGAGGACAAAGUUUGGUUCUUUUGGUGCUCACGAGAUAG